AUGAGUGAGAGCCUCAAGAGUUGGCUCUUCACUCAUGCCUCCACGCAGGCCACUCUCGCGCUGGAGGGCAACUACGAUCUUGCCGACAUGCCUUUUCACUCUGGCAAUCGGAUCCAGCUCCUACGCUUCCUGACUUUUCGCCCUGCCCACUCGCCUAACUCGACCAACACGGAUGUAUGGGCGUUGGUCGGAGAUCGUUCGCACUGCAUAGCGGCGCGGUUCACGCGGGAUCAAGUGUCGCGCUUCCACACGGACCACGCGGUGUCGUUCACCUCGCUCAAAGGCGCACUGGUGACGCUGACCCAUGUGCGCGUCACGGUGGCGCGCGUGCAGGUGGAAGGGACGGUGGAGGGGGCGUAUCGGGACGGACAGUAUGCGCUGGUGUUGGACGUGAGAGGAUGGGAGGUGGUGAGCAGCGUCAACGAGCCGGUGUGGUUCGCAGGCGUGAAGCUCGUCACCAGUCGGAAUGGGGUGCCGGUGGGGCAGGGGAGGGAGUGGGAGACCAUGACAAAGUGGCUCAAGAAAUGGGUCCGGUACAAGAGCGUGGUUCGAAAAGCUCGCGAGGAACAGGAACGCCUCAAGCGUACUCGAGACGGACAUCCAGCCGAGCCGAUUGCCAGCGGAAGCGGAAGUGGAGUCCUGCCAACGCCAGGGCAAAGGAGGAGAGUGCUCAACUCUUCGCAGGUGCACAACAGCCAAGUGGCCCAGGUAGCGCCAGUGCAGAUGGGCAAGGCGAGCCAGGAAGAGAGCUUUCCGACAACCACAAUGUCCUCCCAACCCCAAGCGGAUCACAACACGAACAGCACACUGUGGACAGACUUUGACCUGGACGCAGAGGUCAACAUGGACGACGUUGAGCUCAAUGCGUGGGGUCUACCACCUGCUCCUGCGGCCAACGUCGAAGCUUCGCAAGGACUCGCUCAGGUCGCGCAACCACCUCUGUCCACGACAGCGCGCGAAGCAUCACAAGCACCGCAGUCGGCGCCGAUACAGCCAGAAGGAAUGGCAAGGCAGACACACACGCAAACACAAACGCAAUCGGAUCUGGACUCGGACGAAUCGGGACUGUCGGACUACGAGCGAGAGUCGCGCAGGAAGCGCAAGCGGGGCAAGGGUACACCUCGCGCCGCCACUAUCGAGUCUCAGCCAGCUGCUCGCCCUGACGACGAUGUGCCAACCGCGGCAGAGCAUCCAGAACGCCCAUCUGCACCUCCCCAGCAGCCCAGCGACAACACCACUGUUCCUACUGCAGCAGCACCCGGUAACCUUCAGACCAGCACGGUCGCGAUCGAGGCCGCUGUUCCAGCAGAGCAACCAGUCCCAGCACCAUCCGACGAAGCAACAACCACCGCCGUGCCCGACGCAGCAAAGCCGCGCAUCCGGACAACGGAGGCGAUGCCCUUCCUUAGGCGCAGCGACAACGAGCGUCGUCUUCAAGAGGGCAGCGCUGCUACCUUAAGCGAAGAGAGCCGAGGCGAGACUCCCGCUCCGACAUCGUCGAUACCGGACUCGACCGCCACCUCGACCAGGAAAGGCGGCAAGUUGAGCUCCAGGAGAAAACGUCAAGCCGCCUUGGCUGCUCUGAUGGCCCAGAUCGUCGACUGA